AUGAAACCCUCCUUUCUCUUUUUGCUUUGUCUUGCAAGCAAGGUGCUCUCAUGGGGCGAACUAGGUCACCGCACAGUCGGAUAUCUUGCUCAGAUGUACUUCUCUUCUGAGGCUGAGAGUCUGUUCGACGAGCUCGUGCGCCCGACCGAGUCAUUUGACAUCUCCGAUGGUGCAGUCUGGGCCGACGAUCGGAAGGUGCAAGGCAGAAUGCCUUGGUCAAAGGCGUGGCAUUUCAUCGAUGCAAAGGACAAUCCGCCAAGGAGGUGUAAGGUGAAUUUCAAUGCCGACUGCGAUCCCGACAAGAAAUGUAUUGUCGCAGCCAUCACGAACUUGGUGAGCUCUUCUAACUACUUUUCUCUACAUCUGAACGUUAACCGACAUGGCUUUCCUGGCCGGCAGACCACCCAAGUCAACAACCCGCGUUUGAAACGAGAUGACCAGAGUGAUGCUCUAAAGUUUCUUCUGCACUUCCUCGGCGACGUCAGCCAGCCCUUGCACACAGAGCAGAAAUGCCGCGGAGGCACGAAGCUCAUGGUGCAAUGGGGCAAACCAGGUUCCAGGGAAGAGAACCUUCAUGAGAUCUGGGACAAGUUCAUCAUCCAGAAGCUCCGAGAGUAUAAGCAGCCGCGGGAGAGUGACCCCGGCAAUGUUUACGACAAACAAGUCUCAGUCAAGUGGGCGGCGGACCUAAAGGAAAAACUGGAUGAUGGCAGCAUAGACGUAGCCCGGGAAUGCACGGACAUACACGAGGCACAGAAGUGUGCACUGGAGUGGGCGUCCGAGGCUAAUGCGUUCAUCUGCACAUACGUGCUCAAGGACGUCGGUAUCAAUCUCGGACCUGAUCCUUGUGAGCAAUGCUGCCUGUGGGACUGGCAAGGACCGGCGGACCUUUCCAAGGGGUACUACGAGGGAGCGGUCCCCAUCGUUGAGGAACAGGUUGCUAAAGCCGGGUGGAGGCUUGGACAGUGGAUCAAUGCUUUGGCGGAGCAGCGAGUCAACAUGAAGAGAGCUGGAGUGGCGUUCGGCGAUGACGUGUUACAAGUGCAGCCCAAGCUGGAAAUGUAG